AAUGAUAGGUAAUGCCAUAUACUGCGAACACUGCGAAGUAGCGCACCAAGCGAAAGGCCCGUCACGUGCACACUAGCCGGAUUCGGAAAAUUCAAAACGUAGCGGCACGGGCAGCAGCCAAUUAAAGGACGCCAUCCGUUAAGCCCAGCCUCCUGGAAGCUCCUUCUCCCCACAGCCCAGCCCAGUCAGGCGUUGGUCUUCAGCCCUUGUUGCGGCCAAGCGGACAUCACAUCACCUACGACAACGCCUGCCUUCAUCCACUGGGUUUUUUGACGACCCAGCACCUACGACCACCUACGACUCCAAGCAGCAGCCAUGCAAUUCGUCUUCGCCCGUCGUGGGCGCCGCGUCUUCCAGCGCUUGACCCUACACCAGACAGCUCCUCUCUCCACUCGUGCCUCCCCUGCCACAGGCCACCUCCGACGCGUGUCUCGCCUAUCCAGCACUCGCACGCCCAGUGUAACCAAGGCCGUCAACUCACCAAUUGCUAUUCUUGCCAGCACAAACGCGUGGGCCAAGUCCUACGCUACAGCUGCCACCGGCCGCGGCCGCCCAAAGGCACAUACUGGCAAAGCAACCGCAAAGAAGUCUGCAACCAACAAGACACAAAAGAAAAAGACUACGAAGAAGACCGCAAAGCCAGCGGCUAAGAAAGAGCUGACUCCCGAGCAGCUGGAAAAGAAGAAAGCUUCCAAACAGGCCGCCAAGCUAAAGGAAGAGAUCAAGACACUCCUGGUAGCAUCUUUGAAAGAGAAUGAACCUAAGCUUGCUGGCGUAGCGCCCUGGAAUCUGUUCGUCCAGCAGAAGCUUCGGGGUAACACAUCUAGGGACUUAGCUGCGACUUUCCGUGAGAUCUCUGCCGACUUUCAAAACUUGUCUUCAAGUGAACGCGAGGCACUCCAAGACCAAGCAGCCCAGAACAAACAGGCCAACGAGAGAGCUUAUACUGCAUGGGUGAACUCGCACACUCCUUUACAAAUCAAAGAGGCCAAUUAUGCCCGCAAACGGUUGUUGGCUCUCACCGAGGAUAGGCGAUAUCCCGUGAAGCUCCAUCAGAUUAAAGAUGAGCGUCAAGUGAAGCGCCCUUUGAACACGUUCAUCCUGUUUAGCACUGAGCGGGGGGAGAGCGGAGAUCUCAAGCACAUGUCAAUCCAAGAAAAAGGCCGCCAUGUCAAGGCUGAAUUUGAAAACAUGUCCGAGGAGGAGAAGCAGAAAUUCGUGACAAGGGCGCAACAGGACAGGGAACGUUAUAUCAGAGAAUACCGUGAAGUCUACGGCCAAGAUCCCGUGACUCUGAGAAAACCCGAGAAGGCGAGCCCAUAAGAGUAUACGUCAUCGAAUCAACGGCGCAGGUAAUACUCACGCCGUUCAUUUUGUGUUUUAUUUCCUUCAAACGUUCCAAUGAUGUUUUGGUAUGAAUUUUCGCUUGCGAGCCUGUUGUUUAUUGGGGUUCGCUGAUAUCCGGUCCUGCC